AUGAUUAAAACUGAAGACAUAACUUGUCCCACUACUGCAAAUAUUUACACGCGUAUAAAUCACAUUGCAGAAGAUACUUCAAGUCUUUCAACUAUCACUAAAGGGUUAACAACAAUGCUUAUUGAGUCCAAACUAGAUCGUAAACUCGAUCGAAUAGCAGAAAAGAUAGGUGAAAAAAUCAAUGAGGACUUAGAAACCAUGGCUAAUGAUAUAAUUGGAUUAGUGGAUGAAUUUCUUGGUGAUAUUAUGGAGCAAGUAAAAGCAUCAACUAUUCGAAAAAUUUGUGUUGCAUACGUUACUUAUUUGUGCAAACAAUAUAAUUUGUUAGAAAAUAACCCAAAAUCAGUUGCACGAACUGAAAAGGCAUCGGAGCUUACUUUCUCACAUCCUUACAAAAAAAUUUUCAAAAUUCUUCAAAUCAAUUGUACUUCCCCUGAAAUAAGUAAAGAUGAAGCUGAAACAUCAGCCAAAAAGCAUAGAAGAAAAAAAUUAUAUGUUCAACCUGAUGAACAUAUUCGUAUUACUCAAGAGGACGAACGUUAUACUAGCCUAGUUGCUGAAAUACCUGAAUCCAAAAUAAAUAAAUUACCUUCUUGGGCUGUCUGUAAAGGUGUAAUUCGUACAUUCAGCAGUGAUAACAGUUCUAGCAGUUCUGGUGGCCGGAUUGUCUAUGAGAUUGGUAAUUAUGAUAUUACUACUAGCUUGAAAUCUUAG